AUGGAUGAAUACAACCGCUUCGUGGAUUGGGACAAGAUGGAUGUUACUGCCCAGAGCCAGGAUGCGAAGGAGCUGACCUGCACGGAGUUCCAGGAGCUGAAGCAGCUGGCCCGGCAGGGCUACUGGGCCAAGAACCACUCUCUGAGAGCCAAAGUGUACCACAAGCUCAUCAGCAGCAUCCCGUGCCGCACGGUGACCCCGGACGCGAACGUGUACCGGGACAUCGUGGUGAAGAUCGUCGGGAGGCGCAGCAGCAGCUCCCUCCCCCUGCCGGAGUUCGUGGACGACAGCCUGGUGCCCUCGUACUGCCUGAACGCGGAGGGCGUGGGGGCGGUCAGGAAGAUCAUCCUGUGCGUGGCCAACCAGUUCCCCGACAUCUCCUUCUGCCCGGCGCUGCCCGCCGUGGCCGCCCUGCUGCUGCACUACAGCAGGGACGAGGCAGAGUGCUUCGAGCAGGUCUGCCGCAUCCUGGCCUGCAACGACCCCUCCAGGCGGCUCAUCGACCAGACCUUCCUGGCCUUCGAGUCCUCCUGCAUGACCUUCGGGGACCUGGUGAACAAGUACUGCCAGGCGGCGCACAAGCGCAUGGUGGCGGUGUCGGAGGACGUGCUGGAGGUGUACUCCGACUGGCAGCGCUGGCUCUUCGGGGAGCUGCCCAUGGCCUACGUCGCGCGGGUCUUCGACGUGUUCCUGGUGGAGGGCUACAAAGUUCUCUACCGUGUGGCGCUGGCCCUGCUGAAGUUUUUCCACAAGGUGAGGGCCGGGCAGCCGCUGGAGUCUGACAGCGUGCAGCAGGACAUCCGAGCCUUCGUCAGGGACAUUGCCAAGUCGGUGUCUCCAGAGAGGCUUCUGGAAAAGGCCUUUGCCAUCCGCCUCUUCUCGCGCAAGGAGAUCCAGCUUCUGCAGAUGGCCAACGAGAAGGCUCUGCAGCAGAAGGGCAUCACAGUCAAACAGAAGAGGUAG